UCCAAGGACCAGCAACAUCGGCAUCAUUUGGGAAUCUGUCAGAAAUGUAGAAUCACUGGUCCCACUCCAGACCUACUGAAUCAGAAUCUCAUUUUAAUAAGCGCUCCAGAUGAUUCAAAUACAUAAGGAAAUGUGGACCUUAACAGCCUCAUCCCACCCUCUCAUUUUGCAAGCAAGGGAAAAAAAUCAGCUCUGUAGCAGUGAUCAGUAUGUGAAUUUGAAGUCAUAAACCAUGGUUGACUCAUUUAUUCAUUCGAAAAGUUUAUGGUAUGCCUGCCAUAUGCCAGGAUCUCUGCUAGACUCUGGGGACAUGAUGGAAUCAUCCAUCCUGCCUGUGCUACUGGAUGAAUGGAAAACUGAUUUAAACCAAGUACUAACAAGGAAUUGUCCUUGAUUUUUGUACUUCGUAGCAAUUCCUCAGCAUUUUUUUACAUUUUCUCUUACUGUAAAAACUGCAUUUAAGUUAGAAAAUGAAGCAAUUGAAAAGGAAAAGGAAAAGCAAUUUCAGUGUACAAGAAACUCAGACCCUUUUGAAAGAAAUUACAAAAAGGAAAGAAGUCAUUUUUUCCAAGCAGCUCAAUACAACAAUUAAUGUGAUGAAGCGAAUGGCUUGGGAGGAGAUUGCACAGUGUGUGAAUGCUGUAGGAGAAGGAGAACAGAGAACAGGGACAGAAGUGAAAAGGAGGUACCUUGACUGGCGAGCACUUAUGAAGAGAAAGAGGAUGAAGGCGAACAUUAAGCUAGUUGGUUCGGGGUUUCCCCUUCCCACAUCCGAUUUAGAUGACUCUCUCACUGAAGAGAUAGAUGAAAAGAUUGGAUUCCGAAAUGAUACAAAUUUUGAUUGGCAAAAUGUGGCAGAUUUCAGGGAUGCAGGUGGAUCCUUAACUGAGGUCAAAGUGGAAGAGGAAGAAAGAGAUCCCCAGAGUCCUGAAUUUGAGAUUGAAGAGGAAGAAGAAAUGUUGUCAUCAGUCAUACCAGAUUCCAGGAGGGAAAGUGAACUUCCUGAUUUCCCCCACAUUGAUGAGUUUUUUACUCUGAAUUCAACACCAUCUAGGUCUGCAUAUGAUGAGCCCCAUUUGCUCGUAAACAUAGAGAAACAGAAACUAGAAUUGGAAAAACGACGGCUCGAUAUUGAGGCUGAAAGACUGCAGGUAGAGAAGGAACGCCUACAGAUUGAGAAAGAGAGGCUGCGACAGUUAGACAUGGAGCAUGAGCGGCUUCAGCUGGAGAAGGAGCGGCUGCAGAUUGAAAGAGAGAAGUUGAGGUUACAGAUAGUCAACUCAGAGAAACCAUCUUUGGAAAAUGAACUUGGUCAAGGAGAAAAGUCCAUAUAUCAACCACAGGAUACAGAAACAGAGAAGUUAAAACUUGAGAGAGAACGCUUGCAACUGGAAAAAGAUAGGCUGCAGUUUUUAAAAUUUGAAUCAGAGAAGCUGCAGAUUGAAAAGGAGCGCUUACAAGUAGAGAAAGAGAGACUACGAAUGCAGAAGGAAGGACACUUGCAGUGAUUUAUUUAGGUCUCCAUUUAUCAGUUGUUUGUAAACCAUAGGCUUAGAUAAUAUAAAAAUGGUUGCAGGAUUAGCUGUAUUAUUUUUUUUUCCUGUUUAAUAUUAGUGUUUUCAGUAGGAAAAAGAUAGUUAUUUGUGGGUAAUUAUAUGCUUAAGUAGUAUAUUGUAUAAAAACUAUGUGCCCUUGCAUAAACAGUAUAGCAAAAACUAUUGUGCUAUGCUCUUUAAAUUAGUAAAAUUACAUAGAGUCUUGUCUAAUCUGUGCACUCAGAGUUUACAAUUAUGUCUGUAAAAUUCUAGCUCAAUAGUUCUCAACUGGGGGUGACUUUGGCUCCCAAAAGACAUUUGGCAAUGUCUGGAGACAUUUUUGGUUGUCAAAACUGGGCAGUGGGGCACGCUGCUACUGGCAUGUAGUAGGGAGAGGCCAGGGAUGCCUACAUCCUGCAAUGCACAGGACAGCCCCCCACAAAAAAGAAUGAUCCAACCCAAAAUGUCAACAUUGCUGAGGUUGAGAAACCCUGUCCUAGCCUGACUGAGCACCUCUUCAGCUUUGUUUCAGUUUCAGAAUAUUAAAACCUCAGAUAUUUAUGUGGGAGUUACUUAAAUGGCCCAAAACUUUAACUAUGAAACAUUACUGUGUAGUAUAUUGAAUAUAGAAAGUAACGAAGAUUAUAGGUAUUUUAUUCAUAUGUUUCCAUCUGUAAAUAACGUGAGAGUCAGAAAACUGCAGGGAACAUCAGAGAUUGUCUAAAGGGGGUCACUUUGAAAAGCAGUUCAUUCGUCUAGCUAUUGAUGCUUUAGAAACCACACACACUUUUUAAGCUUUAGUUAGUUACCCUUUCUUCUUUGAUUCCAUUGUCUUAGUUUAGACAAAAAUUUUCAUUUCAACCAUGUACUGAAAUCUUAAUGUAAGUGGUUGAAUCUAGUAAACAUGUUACCAGUUUAAAAAUGGUACCAGUAGUCAAUGAGCUUGAACUCAGUAAGUGGUAAUUUGAUUUUUAAAAUAGAUAAUAGCUAUUUGGAACUGGGAGUUGGGGUGGGGGGAGAAUGUCCUUGUAUCCAAUAGUAAUGAUGAUGGUGAUGAAAUAAUGAUAGUAGCUGUGUGUUUUGAAUUAGGAAAUCACUUACUGCACACUGCCUGACCUAAUCUGUAGAAAAUUGAGAGUAGUAUCUAUUAUUAUUCCUGAAUCUGAGGCUUAGAAGUCAUACAGUGUGUAAAUGGCUAAUUUCGUAUAUCAUGAUGUAUUUUGUCUUUGCCCCUCCCUGUGCAACAAAGUAUGUAUCUUUAGUCCCUUUGGUAUUUAUUCUGAGACCAAGGGCUUGCUUUAAUCUGGUGAUUUGCCUUCAAUCCCCUGAAGGUACUUCUUCCACAAUCCAGGUGAUUCUAAUGCACACUAAAGUUGAGAAUCACUGCACGAGAUCACUUUGUAUUUUCCCAUUUCCAGGGCUGAUAUGUAGCCUUAGUAUAUCUCUUCUAUUGACAGGUACUACCUUGAUUCUGCAUUUGGUCCUUGUUAAUUUAAGAAUGUCUUGAAACCAUAUGUGACAUUUGAAUAUGGGUAUGUAAGGAAAAAAUAUACUUCUUCUUAGUUACCUUGACUUUGAAAUAGUGUUAUUUUUCUAUAAGUGAAAUAAAUGCUUCUACCAUAGAAAUAAAAUUUGCCUAUACUAA